AUGCUCCUCGCCGUGCUCGCGCUGGUCGCUCACUCGGCGCCUACCGCGUUUGUCUCAAACGGCGGUGUGCUAUACCGCGAGCGCUUCCUCUCGCCGGCCGACUUUGAGGCUAUCCGGCGUGAGUGCCGGACCCUGCGAGGCGGCAUGCGCGCAGAGAAGGACUCGAUUGCGCUGCGGCGGAUGGGCCUGUGUCUCGACCGCCGAUCCCACACACACGCGAUGCUGAUGAGCGAAGCGGUUGCGAGCCGGAUCGCCGCGCUCACCGGCGUGCCGCGGCUCGAGCCGUCCGACUUUCCGGCAGAGUUGCGGCAGUAUGGUGCCGGCGCCAGCAUGGGUUGGCACCGCGACGACGCGCUCUACAGCCCGCCGCAGACAGAGGUGAUCCUGACGCUCGAGAACACGGCUGACUGCUUCACCGAGUGGGUCUGCGCUGACGGCGGCCGCGACUCGGCGUGGACGACGCCGAACUCGGUGCUGCUCGUACGUGCCGGCGAGGGAGGCCCCUCGCACCGCGUCACGCCGGUGAAGCGCGGCGAGCGCACCAUCGUCAAGCUCGUCUUCCACGAGCCCGACGCGGAGCGGUCUGCCUCCUUUUACGACCACAUCAACUCCUUCCCAGGCGCGCAGAGAUCGGUGGCGGAGCGAGCGCGCGCGCUGGCGGAGCGAGGCGGCCCGGGCAGUGGUGGUAAGGCGAGCCGGGCAGCGAGACGGAGGAGCUAG